AAUGAAUCUAUGUUGUGUAACUAGUCUAAUAUGCAACCUAGCCCACCAUACGACCUUCACGACCUUCACGACCUUCACCACCCUUUACUACCCCUUCAAUGCCCUUGCUCGUGUACAUUAACGCUACAUAGUGCCUUUCCCGAGACCCUGUUGAGCUUAUGCCAACAGGCCAAUAUCCGAGAGCACUGACCAUCUUGAGACUGCUUCUACCAUCCAUCUCUCCUGUCCCUUCUUCUCCCUUUACUAGCCUUCUCACCAAUUCCACGAGUAACGUCGACCGAUCCGAAUACUUACAGCAGCCAUGGCACCCCCAAAUCCAUCAGGAACUAGCCUGGGAAAGGUUAUGGUGAUAGGCGGAACUGGUUUCCUUGGUCAUCAUGUUGUUGCCUUAUUGCUCAAACGCUAUCGGACGGAUGGCAUUUUCGUCGUUGAUCUUUGUAUCUCGCAGAACCGACAGCCCGAUACAGACCGCGUGCAGUACUUCGAAGCUGACAUUACGUGUACUCCUCGCCUCUUCGAGGUUUUUGGAGACUGUCUUCCAGAUGUGGUAAUUCAUACUGCUUCUCCCUUGCCUCAAGUCGAUGUUCAAUCAACCCGGGAAUUGUAUGACAAGGUCAACGUUCGCGGUACCCAAUGUAUCAUCGAAGCAUGUCAAAAGUACGACGUGAAGGCACUGGUCUACACGAGUUCAGCAAGUGUCAUUAGCGAUCAUAGUUCCAAUCUGAUCAAUGCCGACGAAAGAUGGCCCCGUCCAAGAGGUCAAGACCAACCCGAAUACUAUGCCGAAUCGAAGGCUCAAGCCGAAGAUCUUGUCAUUGCUGCAAACCGUCAAGAACCGUUCAAGUUGCUCACUGCGGUUAUUCGCCCGUCCGGUAUCAUCGGAGAGGGUGACCGGAUGAUCUUGCCUCGUUUUAUCAACAUCUAUCAGGAAGGCUUCGCUUACAUACAAGUGGGAAGCAACGAGAACCUUUUCGACUUUACGUACGUGGGCAAUGUGGCGCACGGUCACUUACUUGCUGCGGAAGCUCUCCUCAAGACAGACGAUUCCGAGACCAGACCUGACCGUCGUGUUGACGGCCAGUGUUUCUUCAUCACAAACGAUAGCCCUAUGUACUUUUGGGACUUCGCACGCGCGGUAUGGAUCGCGUGCGGGUUCUCCUACGACAUGCGUCGCGUCUGGGUAAUCCCAGAAGCAGUCGCCUUGUUUCUCGGCCUUCUCAGCGAGAUUUUCUUCGCACUGAUUCGAAAACCAGCCACUUUCAACAGAACAAGAGUCGCGUUCAGUUGCAUGACGCGUUACUACAACAUCACCAAGGCGAAGACGUUACUAGGCUACGAACCGCUUUAUACCCUCGACGAGGUCCUCAAGCAAUCUGUACAGUGGUGUUUGGAAAAGGAUAGGCGUUCAAAAUUAGAAGGUGUCGAGGAGGAGAAAAAGACGGCUUGAAGGGGAGUUGCCUAAUAACAGCAAGAAAAGGGGUUCAUAUUAUGCUUGAACUAGGAUAUCCUAAUGCGUUAUUACAUUCACUUGUAUAUUACUUUUGGUAGAGAUUAACACUUCGCACUCAAAAUGCACUAAUACUAUGUCGAUCUUAUAGAGAACAAAGCCUAUAAUAUACACUUGAACGUAGGACUAUCCUCCCUGGUGAAGUGUAUACGAC